AAACACGUGUUCCUUCAUCACCUUCAUCCAAUGAGAGUGCGCCUCUGCCGUCAGCCACGCUUUAAAAAGCCGCUGAGUUGUAAACAAUAAAAGUGUGUUAACCAUCUGCCGGUUGAAUGAUGUUGUUUGUCUCAGUCCUCGUGCUUUGUAUGAGUGCAGUGUUUACUGCACCAACUUUAGACCAGCAGUUAAAUGACCACUGGCACCUUUGGAAGAGCUGGCACGAAAAAAGUUAUCAUGAGAAAGAAGAGGGCUGGAGGAGAAUGGUAUGGGAGAAGAACUUCAGAAAAAUUGAGCUACAUAACCUUGAACAUUCUAUGGGCAAACACAGCUAUCGACUUGGCAUGAACCAGUUUGGGGACAUGACAAACGAGGAGUUCAGGCAGGUGGUGAAUGGUUACAAUCAGAACCCCAGCCGGAAAUCACAAGGCUCUUUGUUCAUGGAGCCCAGCUAUUUUGAGGCCCCCAAACAGGUUGACUGGAGAGAGAAGGGCUAUGUCACUCCUGUCAAAGACCAGGGGAGGUGUGGAUCUUGCUGGGCUUUCAGCUCUACAGGGGCCUUGGAGGGUCAGCUGUUCCGUAAAACUGGUAAACUGGUUUCUCUGAGCGAGCAAAAUUUGAUGGACUGUUCCAGGCCGGAGGGCAAUCAAGGCUGCAAUGGAGGACUCAUGGACCAGGCCUUCCAAUAUGUUAAGGACAAUAAUGGGAUUGAUUCUGAGGAGUCAUAUCCAUACCUUGCAACAGAUAAUCCACAAUGCCACUAUGACCCCCGUUACAAUGCUGCUAAUGACACUGGUUUUGUGGACAUUCCCAGUGGUAAAGAGCAUGCACUGAUGAAAGCUGUUGCUUCUGUUGGUCCAGUUGCCGUUGCUAUUGAUGCUGCUCAUCAAUCAUUUCAAUUCUACCAGUCUGGCAUCUAUUAUGAGAAGGAGUGCAGCAGUGAAGAGCUUGACCAUGGAGUGUUGGUAGUUGGUUAUGGAUAUGAAGGUGCUGAUGUGCCUGGGAAGAGAUAUUGGAUUGUGAAGAACAGCUGGACUGAAAAGUGGGGAAACAAAGGCUACAUCUACAUGGCUAGAGAUAGAAAGAAUCAUUGUGGUAUUGCAACAUCUGCCAGCUAUCCACUCAUGUAAUGCCACUGAAAUGUUCUCCGCAUUCUGGAUGCACUACAGGACUUUUUUAUCCUAUCCUACUUGAAUUGUUUUAAUUGUUUUAACUUUGCUUUUUAUUACCGUUUUAAUUCUAUUUUGUUGACCGAGUCUUUCAGAAAGGCUUCGGGUUUAGACAGUGCCUUGUUUGUAGGCAGUUUCUCAAAGAUUUAUUUAAACUGAUCAGUAAACACUACAGCCUGGUUUCACAGACAAGGCUUGGCUAAAGCCAGGACUAGGACUAAGCAUCUUUUGUAAACACGACUUACAAAGACGUUACUGGUGUGUAUCUUGAGACAAAUCAGUGGCAUAUUUUAAGAUGCGUCUGUGCAAGUUAUCAGUUGAGACACCUCAAAUGUGUUUUAGUCUUGGACUAGCCUUAAGCCUUGUCUGUGAAACCCAGGAGUGCAUUGCACUGAAUAAGUUGAAACCCUUUUCUAUUGUAGUGCAGUUAUGUUUGUAUUGAGGUUUUAAACUGAGCUGUUUUCCAGUUGUCUCAAAUGCAAGACCCAUGUUUACUAAAAGUAUGGUCUUCUGUGAGUUAUUUGACCUGUAACUGGAUUAUUAAAAUAUUUAAACCUA